AUGAGAGGGUGGGAGCGGAAGAGGGCACAUGUGAAACAGAACAAACAGAAGUUUUUAACGGAAAACCUAUAUACAGAUUCGCCGGGUUGUAUUUGGACCCUGGGAGAAGCCGAAGCGAUGCUUCUGAAGUUAGGGAGUAUGCUUAUAGAAUAUUAGAUGUAGUAGAUGUAUUUCUAUGUAGUCGAUGUAGUAGAUAUUUAUAGAAUAUUAGAUGUUAUUCUGUAGAAGCAGAACGUUAGAUGUAGUAGAAGAUCGUGCUUCUGCUUGUAAGCUCUCGGCACUUAUCUCACGCAUCCCAGUCAUUUCUGUAUCUGAUUUCUGCAGCCUUGAAAAGGUCUUAGUCAGUCGGUCAGUCAGUGAGUUAGUCAGUCCUUUACUCGACUCCACCACAUGACGUUGAAAUUGAUAAAAAACCAUAAACCAUGCACGUACCUGCUCUAAUGAGAGCCGGUUUCUCGAAACAAAUGGCACCAAAAAUGGCUCAGAAUCUUUACCUGACUGGAGAUAUUUUUGGCGCCGAUCUAGAGGUAGAUUUUGGAGGCGCUGAAAAAGCAACAACUGUUAAGGCGUCUCUUUGAUGAUUGUGAUUCGAAAUACUGGAUACUUGUUGUCCUUUUGGAUGUAGUUGAUUCUGAUAAUGAAAAUGCACUCAAUUUCUUCGACUUGGAGACUUUCUUGCCUCUAAUUCUAGUGGCGGCAUGCAAAAAGGUGGAACCGCAGGAGGCAAAAAAGGUGGUGGUGACGGGCCUGGCCUUAAUGCUGAAGCAGACGGUUUUGACGGCUUUGGUGGAACCGAGACUGCUGGUGCAGGGGGUGGUGGCUUUGGGAAGGUGUUGAAAUUAGAACGUAUCAAAAAGGAGGACUUGGGUGGACCAGACUUGCAGCUUUUGAAAGACAUGUUUCAAAUAGAUUUGGACAAUAGCGUUGAAACGAGUACAACAGUCGAAACGUUUCUUAGGAGGGAGAAAUUGCGAGCCAUAGGUCCCAACAAAGACAAAGACUUCUCUUAAGGCUUGAGAAAAUCCAUCUUCCCCAGUAUCUUCUUUCCGGUUUAAAGAGAAAACAGGACGCACGAUGCUCAGCAAGAUGCAAGAUGGAUUUUUGCGAGGUCUAACUCUCCCUCAUGGCUCGCGUGGUCGCACCUGAAUUCGGUCAAACCGAAAAAGCAACGAAAAAAGAGAAGGCUUCGCCGAUGAAGAAAGCGAAAAAAGCAGCAAAAGAACGAAAAGAGGCGGUAGUAGCGGACAUUCAGAAGAUGACGGUGGACUUUUCUGAAAAUUUCGAGAAGGACACUGAAUUCGCGAAAAAUGUGCAACAGUUUUUGCAGAAGCAAAAUGCGGGUGGUAAGUCUGAUAAGAAAGAGGAUCUCCUCAAGGAUCUGGAGACACUGGCAGUAAAAUGUAGUGGCGAUCCGGAGCUGGUGCUCGCAACAGAAGGCUUUCUACGAAAAGAGAAAAAAACAAGUCCUGGGAAUGCGGAAAAAUUUUUGCAGCAGGAUUUGGAGUUGCUACAACAGAUGGUUUUCGAGUCACCGGAAGUCGCCGCAUCCUUCCAACAGUUCUUGAAGAAAGACAAUUAAGGCUUAUUUCACCGUAAAUUCAUGUUAGUUUAACUUUCUCUCCGGUUUCUUUGGCAGGCAUCUUUGACUUUGACAGGCUUCCUUGCUACGUCCUUUCAAGGGGUAAAGAAGGUCAAAGAAGGUGCGCUGGCUUGGUCAGGAACAGGAUGUUGAAUGUGGAUCUGCAUGUGGUUACUCAAGCAAGAGAAGUUUCAUUUUCCAUGGAUGAUGUGGAUAAGCAGAAGAAGUUCUUCCUCUAAUGUAAAACAGUGAAGAAGGGCAUGAAGGAACAAGACUUGGGUCUAGAUGAUACUUUCGACUCACGAGCGGAUCUGGAUGAGACAACAGAACAGGCUGCGACGGGCGCUGGAAUGUUCCAAGCCGGGAAGAAACGAGCGAAAAAGGCGAAGGUUAAGGCUUACUUAAUAUAUAAGCGAAUCCACGUCGCCACCUCCUGAAGCAAGGCCGUCUCCAGAAGCAUCUUGUAGUUGUAGGAGCUGUUCACCUAUAAUGUAUAAGGAGACAAGGACAGCAAGAACAGCUCCAAUAAGAUGAAUCAAUUCCCCCGAGUAAGUUUGUUAGUUGGAUUUCGAUCGUGACCUCCUCACUCUAAAAAAGCAAAUCAGGAAGUCGCUGCCAACCUCGCUGCUUUGGAACAGUUAGUGCUCGAAAAUGACGACGUUGCAGAGCUUGUGCAGAAGUUCGUGAUGGAAGAGAAUCAGAAACUUCAGACGUCGACCUUGUGGAACUAUUACGGCUUGUUUCACUAAGCAGUCCAUCUCCAGAACGAGAAGCAUCUCCAGAACCAGAGAUGUUUUCAAAGGGAAAAAGGUCCUCUCAGGAUGGUCUCUCUUCAAGAUGAAUAUUAAGGGUGAACAAGGCCUCUAAAACUACGUGCCAGCAGAGGUGGAGACGGUCAGUGCAGGAAAAGGAAUGAUGUUUCAAUCUAUUAGUCGAAAGGCUCCAGCCAGAGCGAAGGCAAAAGCUGCGACUCCUGCACCCGAGGGAGAGGGAGCAAAGCAUCCGCAUCAUGAAGGCGAAUCAGAAGAUUUAAGGUUCAUCAAAAUAAUGAUCGGAAAAAUGAUGUUGAAAAUUCAAACCACUGCUUAACACACCACAUCGAACAAGAACAAUACAUUUCUACUUGUUAGGAUUGCAGGUUCUUCACGGAACUCGGUCGCGAUACAAAAAAAUGGCUUCGGAAGUGAAUUGUUUUGAACUCUAACAGAUGCAGCGGACGAAUCUGAUGAAGCUGAGGACUCUAGUUUUUUGGAAAGCAGUCGAGAAGGGGAUCGCGAAGCUGCAGAUGAUGUUAAGGCUCAGCUUUCAAUGGUCACCAUUGAGAUUGGGGUCACUGAGAUCGAAGAAGCGACCCCUUUAGAGAACAGGGGAAAAGGAAAGGAAAGGGGAGAGCUUUGCAGGGAGUCUCUUCCGUUCCGCGUCAUGAUGACCAUUGAAUGCUGAGCUUUAAGGAUGAACGUGCGAAAACAUCGAACAAGAAACUUGUGAUCCGUUCGGCUGACCAGCAUGACGAAGAUGAACUGCAUGAAACAGACUUUAUAGAACAAACGAAAAGAACUAGAACAACUGACUCUGAAGAUGAACAUUAUACUGCUCAUUACACUGCUGACCCGCCUCGAGUGAGCAUACGUAUUCGUGACCGCGCAGCAGCUACAGAAGUGAUGCAAUUACCAAGUGGGUUGGACCGCGCAAGCAGAGUCUCUGAUGGCUUUGAAGACGCCUCUGCUGUUGAAGCGGAUACCCACGUGUCCAUCCUGAACCUUUUAUGGCUAAGGAGCUUGAAAGAAGUUGUUGCUUUUCUUUACAAGAAAUGGGAAACUCAUACGCGUACUUUAUUUCUUCUCUACCUACAUCUUUUUGUAAUUACCAUGUCUGCGGAGUAGUAGUGUUUUGCUGUAGAAAUUCAGCAAUAUUCAUGAGAGUGAGCAGUUGCGUAAGUAAUACGUUGAACUCUUCUCCGCCUCGUCUACUAUGUAAAGAUUAAUACUCUGGACGAUCCUGCUCUUCUUCUUCCUCUAACGCAGAUUCGAGAGAAACAGGCGUCUACAGACAAGCAAUCCGCGGCCACGAAGGAAAGGGAGAAUUCCGGAAGUUCUUCAUCCAAGAAGGUAUCUUACAGCUCGAGCUCAUCGCUCAAGCAGAAAGAAAUAUCGACUCCGAGGAGGAACCUUAGCACUACUAGAAUUAUGGCUUUGCUACUGCUGGUGUAUAGUGUAGGUGUAAUUCAUCUUAGAAAAUUAAGAUUUUAAUUGCAUUUAUGCAUAUGCGCACACACCUACUACUUCUAUAUGUACUGGUGUUGCGGCUGCAUAUUUGCGUAAAAAGAGAUGAACGACUAUAGCGAUUUUUUUUUGAAAGACCAUCAAUUGUACUGUAUUGUAUUGUAUAACCUCCAUUCCUCUACCUCUAAGACAACAAACACAACAACGACAAGCGGGUUUGGAGUUGCUUCUUCCUCGCAUGCGGAUGCGAGCGACGCGAGUUGUUUUAGCGCGUGGUUUCCUUGUUGUGCAAAACCCGAAAAACCGAAAGUGAGUGGGUUCAUGAGAAUGAAGGCGUCAAUGAAGUCGGAGGGGAGAGCGCAAUCAGUGCCAAGUCGCAGUGUUUCCGAUGAUUUCAUGGACAGUCGCGAUUGGUCAGAGCCGAAGAGGUCCAAUUUCCAGAUUCUUCCAGGACCGAGUUUCUCAUCGAAGAUGUCGUCCACGAAGUCAAAGGGGGCAAAAGCUAGUGCAGGUGACGCUAGUACUAGAUCUAGAGGUGAAGGGGAAGCAGUAGAUGUAGAAGGUUCAUCUGGCUCUCAGUCUCGAGAAGAAGACGGCUCAGAAGAUUCCGGAACGGAUGAUGAUCAUGAUGAAGGAAGCGAAAAAGAAAAGAAAGCAGAAGGAAGAAGAAGAAGAUCUUUCACUGAAGAACACCAUAUGAGCAUCCUUCAACGCCUAUCACGCGGUCCAGACGAGAUAGAAGUACUGGAGGAACAGAAAUCCUUUAUUACAGAAGAAAGUUCUAAAGGAAUUCUUCAGCGUUUGUCGAGCGAAGAAAAUCCUAUGACGCGAAAAUCUGUGCUAUUUAGGUUCCGCCCAGAGGCAGAACAAGCCCGAGAAGCACGAUUGCAAUGCGAGCAGUUAGUUGCGGGUGACACCACAGGCUCGACAGCGACGAGAGCGUCUGCGGUGGAGCAAAACCCAAGGACUUCCACCACGACCUUGGAAUCCACGUCAACUUCAAUUAGAGAAGAAGUGAUAAAGAAUAGCGAAUCUUCAUCUGCAAAUGAAACUCCCACUCCUAGAGCCGUAGAAAUGAACACAAGCCCCUCUGCUGCUAGUAGGGCUAGCAAGGUUUCCUUCGACAAAAACGCAUUACGGGACUCGACCUCUUCUGAGAGCGACAAUAGGGAAGGACCAGGUGCGUCGGGGGGUGACUCUGGAGGAGGGCAAAGCCUAGGUAGGAGCACAGUAGCGUUUAGUACAAAAGCAGGCACGAAGACUCGUGCAUCUUCUGCGAGUGGUCGAGUUAGCUUCCGCACGGCGAUAAGACGGCCAGAAGGAGCAGCCUCCACGGUGUUGAGUAGUCGUAGAAGAAGCAUCUAUACUAGUAAGGGAGGUCGUAGUUGUGCUAGUGGAGCCUUGCCGAAACGGAGAACAACAACAGGUGCUAGUCCUCCCAGUCCUUCCAGUAUAAUUGGGUCUCAGCAAAUAGGAUUUGCUGCAUCUUCUACAACUUCGACAUUAGGGAGGACCUCUACAACUAGCCUAACGACCACUGGAGAAGAACAAGUACAACGAGGCGUAUCUCCAGGUCGUGAAAGAACAUCAAUCGGGUCGAUGAGGAGUCCUUCUGCUUCGAGCAUGAGGAAGAGUGUGGGUAGCAGCAAGCUGAAUCGUUUGGAACGGCAAGAACUAGAACGUUUUUUGGAACGGGCUGGCGGAUGCUCGGCUGCGGAAGCGCAGAGGCUAGCUGAAGAGAGCGUCCGCGGUGAGGGAGUGUUUUUGAGCGAUCGACAAAGGAUAGGCAUUUUGACUAGAGAACCCGGCUUUUUGGAGGUACGGUCUUUGCAACACCUGCGGAAUUGCCUUGCUGCGAAGAGAAUAGCGCAAAAUGUUGAUGGUGUCCAAACUCAAGUUCCUGAAGUUUCAGUUGUAGCGGCUGGGGUUGAUGCUGAUCGUCCAAUAGACAAGGAAGAUACAACAUCUUCUAGUAAGGAGGUCGGUGAUAAGACACAACACGAGCUCGUGAAAUCUACUACGCCAGCUGACGGGAAACAGGAUGUAGUAGUCGAAGCAGGCGCUGCACCCAUCAAGGGACAGCAGCAACAAGCGCAAUCAUCGAAGACGAGUGCUGGACUCUUGGCCUUGAUGCUGCAGUCAAAGGCAAGGGAAGUCUUGGCUGAGAUUGACACAAGUAGGACUGCUGGAACAACCUCCCAAGGUGUUGUCGCUGGUUCUUCAGCAACCUCAAGUAGCACUGCUUCACCUGUCCAAGAACGGCGCUUUUCCACAGGAAGUAUGGGUAGUUCAACAAAUCCAUCACGACUUAGUGCGCCGGGUAGUACCAUUACUAGAAGUGGUGUCAGUUUCGCGACCGAAAGGAGUUUGCUAGGCUUAUCCCGAGUCAAUCUUCAUACAUGCUUUUUGUCGUUUGCGGCCGAGACAGCUUUUGAUGCGAGUGAGGUACGUGAGGUGUUAUCGAGUGAGCUGCCAACAUUCGUCGACGCUCUGAAGAAGCGGGAAAAAAUGCGUCCAACGCACUCUCCUGGGACGUCUUUGGGUGGAACCAAAGAACUGAAGGAACGAGUAAUCAACAAGCAUAAAGAAACGUCUUCCAUGAUGCGAUUAGUGCAACUUGUGGAUAAUUUCAACACUUCUCCUCGUGGCCGAACGUCGUUGAAAGGCGGAGGGAUAGUACACAGUGGUGACAUAGAGCAAGUGGUUCCCGGAGUAGGUGGUGGUAGUUCAGGAGGAGGUCCUGUAGAUGACCGGGCGGAGCAAGGCAGUUCUUCUUCUACUGAAGUAGAUUCGGCACAACUACCUGAUGCAAGAGCACUAACAAAAAUAGGCCGUCGUAGUUGUCCACCUGCUAUAUUACACGCUGCUUCAAUUGUUGAGAGAGAUCUUCGACAAGUCAUGGGAAUGCCUGCUUCGGAAGCCGGUGCUCCACCCAGUAUAGCAUCGCCUCUACGCGCAGUGCACAGAGCCUUAGAGAAAGCCAGUCAAGAACGGCAGGGGCCACCUGCUGCACCUCUGUCACCAGGGAAGCGGUUAUCAAGGGAGGAUUUUGCGAAGAUAGCGGAGGAAGCUGAGCUGGAAAGGCAUGCGGAGAGCUUGUUAGCGUUUCUGGCCUCUUCUGAACAUCCGGAGGUAAGAAUGGAAGGAACAAAUAACCCCACUAGCAGCGACCUGGUAUCAAGACAGGAUGGGCAGGAGGCUACAACUACAAACCACUUGUCCUCGGAUACUCCAGCUGGAGAACCACAACCAAGUAGUCUUCCGGAUCAGGGGAACGGGAAGAUAGCAGAGAGUACUUCAACGCCAGAAGCAUCUGCCAAUGUUAGACCUCCUAGUAGCAUUAGCAAAGACGCCAACGAACAACAGGAUGCUGAGCAACGUGAGAUGGUUUCAGGUGCUUUCAACGGAGCAGCAACUGUUCUUCCUAGUACUGGAGCGAGUCGAGCAAGCGCUUCUUCAACGACAUCAUCAGUCGUGGUUGCGUCAGGAGAGGAAGAUGUAGCUAGAAAACUUGCAGCAGGCUCCUUGAGUUCAGCUUAUACUGCACUAAGUCGAAGAGACAGAGCGUUUCUGGAGCAGGGAUGCACGACGCUUCUUCCUUUUUAUGGCUUGGCGUUUUCUGACAUGUGUAUCUUUUUUGCUACUACUACCUUCCUACAGUUCAAUAAUGUUUUUACUUCGAGGACUACAGUUCAACAUUAAUUGGUCCAUCACUAUUAGUCAGUGCAUACUUUCUACCUACUACUACUACUACUAUCAAACUCUAACCCCAACUACAUGCUAGUACUCGAGGUGGACUGCGGUGCUUCUUGAUAGCAAACUUUGCGCCCUCGAUGCCGAAGACGCUUGAGAACAUACUCAAAAGGAUACACGAAACAACACCAAAUGCGCUUGGACCAGUGUUGUUGCGACACCUUGCUGCACCUGAUUGAGACGGUAGACAUGUUAUGUAUGCAACGAAUAUGUCGUUAGUAGUAGAGCGUGCAUAUGUUGUUGAUCAGGUACUUCGUUGUCCUGGCUUGAAUGACUAGAAUUUGAGUUUGAGUAGCUAUUCAACAGUAUUAGCUUCUAGUAUGUCAUAGGAUAGAUUUAGAUUAGAGAAGUAUCGACAUUUGUGUUUAUUGCUUUGACUUAUCUUGCUUACACUUACACAGACAAGACAACGGGUCUUAUACUAUUACCAUUAUCUGUAGUUUCGUUAGUUAGUAGUAGAGCUCAACUAUUUUGCCUAGACACAAGAAUUAACAAAGUAAAACCGAACUAAGAAUUAACAAAAGAUGGUUGUAGUGAGUUCAAUUUCAAAUAGACGAGUUAGUAGUUCUGACGUAUUUCAUUUUCAAUUACACCAGUAGUUUUGCAAUUUCGUAAGUAAAAACGCUGAUCCUCAACGUAUCCGUAUCGCUUGUAGUUAUCCUAAAAGUCUGAAAAACAAAGAGAGCUGGAUAGAACAAUAGUCGGAAGUAGUAGUUCUUCGUUAUAUUUCUUCAUUCUCGUGCAUCGCUAGUGCUAGUAUAGUUAUCAUUUCAUUUGACAAAUCGAAACAAAUUGAGAUCCAAAUUGAAAAAAAGAAAUAAUCCAAAUGGUUACAAGACGUGCAGUUGUGAUUUCAUUUAACGUUUAACAUCCAUCUACGUGAACGAACCAAUCUCAUGGUAGUAGUAAUUCGAUUUAAGACCAAGGACGACGUAAUAUCAGUGCUCCGACGUAUCAGUGCUCCAAUCCAAGAUUAUCAUUAUGAGUUUACUUAUGUCAUAUGUCGAAGUAGAAGUUUUCUUAUCUCGAUUACGUUGCAAACCUUCCUUACAUCCUUACAACAAUUUAUCGCAUUAUUUCGAGCAAUCAUGAUUACAUCAUAAGCACCUUACUUUCAUAUGCGGAUCAUGCAUCAAUAAGAAGAUGACCCCCAGAAUAAAGUCUGCUUAUCCCCGCGCCUGUAUACCCCGCGCAUCUUAGUCUUGGAGAUGAAAUUAAAGCAGUCUUCUACUUGAAACAUGUUCCUCCAUGUAUCAAAUUUGUUGAUCAGCGAACAACAGGUAUUGUAGUGGUAGAUGUACAGGAUCACUUCGAAUAACGGACUUUGUACGGUAACGAGGAUAAGAUGAGUAAUUGACUCACGUCGAAUGAAACAAUGAAUAAGGCAGGAACUAGGUGAAAAAGGAAGUACACUGUCCGUCAGAGGCAGUGACCGGUCUAGUGUAGCUUACAAACUAGAACAUAGCGUAGCGCUACCAGCUCUAGGCCGUAGUCUUGUUUGUGGGCUCUUCAGUGGCCAAUUACGUCCGCUAGUUUUCCUAGUGGGCCCACACUUGGCCUAACCUAACAGGUUGAAUAGAAGACUCUGGGUGAUGCAGUUGGAGUUGAUGACGAUGUCGACAUCUUUCUCUACUAUCUUUGCCAGGCUCUUCAGCAGCCGUCGAAGUCUGCCACGUUGGAUGGUAGAUCCCAACCGAACCUAUAUACGCGUUUGAAUUUGUAUGAUCCAUCAUCUAUGAACAUGUCUACUUCAU